AUUUAUUAAUUAUUAAAUAAUAAGUAGAAGUUAAACAGACCAAAUAAAAAAUAAAAUACAAAAAACAAAACAAAGAAAACAAAGGACCCGGUUCAUAGUGACCCAAUCCAAAUAAAAACACCAAAGAGAUGUUGCAGCCGACCAAUACUCCAUUUUCACUACACAAUUAGGAAAGUUCUUGAAAGUUGCCUUCACCAGAGCUAGGCCAUCGCAAAUCUCCCAAGGUUCAAAAUCUGGUGUUCUGGUAUGGAUUAGCGUCAUCAUCGCACCCUAAUGCUCUCACCGGUGCUGCAAACCCAUAGCCAAGGAGUUUAUUCUCAGAUAAGCCAAAUCUGUUCCUUCAGGCACCUGAUUCUCCUUCUUAGCAAAUCAAUCAGCAGCUAUGAUCCAGUGGGGGAUGAAGAGCUUUCUAUCACCUUUUUAUUUAAGUCAAACCUCAUAUGCUCAUUUACUUCAUCAUUUACUUGUGUAUGUAUUGCCUUUUCAGUGCAUUGCUUGCUGGCAACUUCAUCAUUAUUACAGGUUGUACCUCUUUGCUGUCUGAUUCUUUUGAUGAAGAUGCACAUGAUGCUACAUUAUGUGUAUUAUUCACCCUAUAGUGUUGGCUUCCAAUUUCAGUCUCUAUUGCCCGAGCAUUGGUUCUCGUCUUCCUUAGCAUUCCAACUUUAUAAGUUACCAACCACUUUCCCACUUGCCAAGAUUUUAAUAGGUCUGUUAAUGCGGGUCCAGAAUUUCAAGGUUGCGAGUGCCACUAUUUUAUACAUGCAAAAACCUACAACAGGCCACAAAGAUUGAAUAGGAAGGAUGGAUCGGGUCAGUUAAUUUUCAAUUGAUUUGAUUAGGUCUAUUAGGUAUUCUAUUCAUAAAUAGACAAAUAAGUUUCGUUUAGUUUAGCUUUUUUCGCACUUGAUUUAAAUAUUUAAAUUUUAGUCAGCUGUAAGAAAUUACAAAAAAAAAAUCAUUAAUUGAAAGAGCACAUUCAUUUAGAUAGAUUGAUAAAAAUGUAAAUUUCUACAUAUUUUUUUUCUUUGCUAGAUUAAUUUACCUUCAAUAUUUUUGAGUUGGUUUUUCUAUCUUAAUUAUCAAAUUUUAUGACAAUUAUCUGCAAAACAAGAGCUUCACAUUUUUAAUCUAUAAGCAUCAACCAAAAUGUCUAGUAAACAAACCAUUUUGAUCUCUCAAAAGUAAAAAAUUUACGGCCAAAUUAUAUUCAAAUUACUUAUCAAAGAAGUUUGCUUAUGAAGUAAGACUGAAUUGUAGAAACAAAAUAAUAAUUGGUGCAAAUAAAUUAAAAAAGAAAAGAUGAUGAUGAAGGAGGAGGAAAAUGAGAGUAUUUUUUUUUAGCAGUAGUGGAGAAAGAAAAGAAGAAAAUAAAAGGAAGAAAAAGGAGAAAAGCGAGGAGGAGACAAAUCAAUUGUCUUUAGAAUUAGUUACCAAAAAAUGCUUGUACGCAGGAUCGAACUCGGAUGCUCAGUGAAAGAAUCUUUGCGGCCUACAUUAACCAGUGCCACCAAAGGGGCUUUGUGCAUAGGUAGUGCCAUUUAAUGUAUUCAUAGGUUUUCUUACAAAUAUUUACAUAUACACACAAAAAAUUUGUCGAAGUGUGCGGGCGGCGUGGCACUCCUAUCUCAUAAGGUAUAUCCGCCCCUGAUGGGUGGUGAUGGAAAGAUGGAGGUUAUUAUCAAUGGCAGAAGUUGCCGCUGGUGGUAGAAAAAAGAGAGAAGAAAGGAAUUUAGGUUUGGUCAUGAUGUGAGGCGAGUUAAAAAUAAACAGAGCGAGUUAAAAUAGAUGGAAUGGAUUAAAUGAUGAGGGAGUUUAAUUGGAUGACAAGCGGCAUAUUUGAUAUUUAAAAAUCAAGAAAUUGGCUCGUAAUACAGAGUGUGAGACCCGUUAGUGGUUAAUGACACAAAAGGUCCAAAGGUGUGACAACAACAAUUUUUUUUGUCUUACUAUUAACGAGCGGUAUGAAUAGGUUAUUUUCAUAGUUCGUUGACAUAUUUAAGUUUUUUCUCUUCAAACUAUCUUUUAACAGAAUAUUUAUCUUAAUUUUUUUAAGUGAGUUAAUUUUCAUGUUACAUUUUAUUUUUUAUUGAGUUUGAAAGUCGAUAAUGUAUGAAAUAAUAGAAGAUGUAGGUUUGUCCAUAAUUUAAAGUAUCACAUGUUAGUAAUAAGUUAUUCAUAUUAGUUGAUUUUCGUGAUAAAUGAUUGGAUCAUGUAAAUUAGAAAUGUCUCCUUUUUUUUCAGUUUCAAAAAAAGAAAUGUCUCCUUUUUUUUUUUUUGCUAAAGAAAUAGAUUACUUAACCUAUUUUCAUAUCGCUGUCUUCACUCGGACAUUCAUUUCAAAUACAUAUCUCGUUUUUGCACGACGUAUGCUGAACUAGAAGAGAAAGGAGGGGACCAGAAAUUGUUCAGGCUAGCCAAGGCGAGGGAGAGAAAGGCACGUGAUGUGGAUCAAGUAAAGUGCAUCAAGGACGAGCAUGACAAAGUAUUGGUAGAGGAGACUCUCAUUAGACAGAGAUGACAGUCAUACUUCUACAAACUCUUGAAUGAAGAAGGGGACAGAGACAUUGUGUUGGGAGAUUUAGAACAUACAGGAAGGCGGCGUGAUUUUGGGUAUUGCAGGAGUAUUAAGGUUGAGGAGGUUAGGGGUGAUGUUCGUAGGAUGCGCAGGGGAAGAGCGAUCGGACCUGACGGGAUUCCUGGGGAAUUUUGGAAGAGCGCGGGGCCGGCAGGUUUGGAGUGGCUGACUAGGUUGUUUAAUGUCAUCUUUAAGACGGCAUUGAUUCCCGAAGAAUGGAGGGCGAGUGUAAUGAUCCCUCUGUACAAGAAUAAGGGAGAUAUCCAGAGUUGUAACAACUAUAGAGGUAUCAAACUGCUAAGCCAUACUAUGAAAGUGUGGGAAAGGGUGGUGGAGAUGAGGGUGAGGAGAGGUGUGUCUAUUUCAGAGAACCAGUUCGGAUUCAUGCCGGGACGCUCAACUACAGAAGCCAUCCAUCUUGUGAGAAGAUUGGUGGAGCAGUAUAGGGAGAGGAAGAGAGACUUACACAUGGUAUUCAUUGACCUAGAAAAGUGUUAUGACAAAGUUCCAAGAGAGAUCUUAUGGAAAUGCUUGGAGGCUAAGAGUGUACAUGUGGCGUACAUUAGGGUGAUCAAGGACAUGUAUGAGGGAGCCAAAACCAAAGUAAGGACAGUAGGAAGAGACUCAGAGCACUUUCCAGUUGUGAUGGGGUUGCAUCAAGGAUCAUCUCUUAGUCCGUUUCUAUUUGCCUUAGUGAUGGAUGGAUUGACACGGCAAAUUCAAGGUGAGGUGCCAUAGUGUAUGCUUUUCGCGGACGACAUAGUCCUGAUCGACGAGACUCGUAGCGGAGUUAACGCUAAGCUGGAGGGUUGGAGACAUACUCUGGAGGCUAAAGGGUUUAAGCUGAGUAGGACCAAUACAGAGUACUUGGAGUGUAAGUUCAGUGAAGCACCUCAGGAGGCUGGCAUGGAAGUGAGGCUUGGUACCCAGGCCAUCCAGAAGAAAAAUAGUUUUAAGUACCUUGGGUCUAUUGUGCAAGGCAGCGGGGAGAUUGACGAUGAUGUCAUACAUCGUAUUGGGGCAGGGUGGAUGAAAUGGAGGCUUGCUUCCGGAGUGCUAUGUGACAAGAAGGUGCCACCAAAACUUAAGGGCAAGUUCUACAAAGCGGUGGUUAGACCGACUACGUUGUAUGGGGUGGAGUGCUGGCCAGUUAAGAUCUCUCACGUUCAAAAUAUGAAAGUUGCCGAGAUGAGAAUGUUGAGAUGGAUGUGUGGCCACACCAGGAGCGACAUGAUUAGGAAUGAGGAUAUUCGGGAUAAGGUGGGGGUGGCCUCGGUGGAAGACAAGAUGCGAGAAGCGAGAUUGAGAUGGUUUGGGCAUGUGAAGAGGAGAGACACAGAUGCACCAGUGCAGAGGUGUGAGAGGUUGGCCAUGGAUGGUUUCAGACGAGGUAGGGGUAGGCCGAAGAAGUAUUGAGGAGAGGUAAUUAGACACGACAUGGCGCAAUUACAGCUUACCGAGGACAUGACCUUAGAUAAGAGGGUUUGGAGGACCCAAAUUAGGGUAGAAGGCUAGUAGAUAGUCUCGUUAUCCGUUCUUAUUAGUAGUCGCAGUAUCGCAAUAUAAUUUCUUGUGCUCCGAUUUAUGCUAUUAUCUGCUAUUUCCUGUGCUUUGAUUAUCCUGUGGUAUCUGUGUCGAUUACAUUAUUUUAUUUUAUAUUAUUGCAUUUCCAUGUCGCUUUGAAUUUCUUAGCCUUAUCUGACUUUUUUUAUGCUUUUAUGCUUUUCUUGAGCCGAGGGUCUUUCGGAAACAGCCGUCCUACCUUGGUAGGAGUAAGGUCUGCGUACACUCUACCUUCCCCAGACCCCACGAUGUGGGAUUUCACUGGGUUGUUGUUGUUGUUGUUGUUGUUUUUGCACGACGUCUCUCCCAGGCGGAGACGAAUCUAGGAUUUAAAUUUUAGGGGUUGAACAUCUUAAAUUUUUAGCACUAAACCAUUAUGUUUCUAAGGUUAUGGGUUCAUAUCUAUCAUUUAUUGUAAUUUUAGUAAGCUUUUACACACAAAUUUAUAUCUCGGAUCAAAAGUUUGGGGUUCAAUUGAACCUAAGUUAUAGUG